GUUAAGAUAUUUCAACUUCUGAAUUUAGGAAUUUCCACUUUCUGUUCAAUAUUUUCUAGAAAUAAUUAGAUUUUUUACAAUGGAAUUGGGUGAUUUACCUUACGAUUGUUUAUCGUGUAUAUUUGAUUGUAUUCCUGAUCUUAAAUCGCUUUUGGAUCUGUCAACAGUUUGUAAAGAAUGGAACAUUUUGGCGAAACAAAGAUUGAAAAAAAUUCGACAUUUACAUGUUGAGCGCGAUAUCGAAUCUGACCUUGCAGCAUCUCCCAAUCACCUUUAUACGAACGAUGUUGGAUUGAUGGAGAGAGUAAAUGUCUCGCAAAUGUUUCCAAAUCUCAGGGUGAGUUCAUUUAUCAAGAAGAAAAAUUCUUUUCUAAUCAAUUUUUCCACCGAAAUCGCAGUUUUUCACGAAAGAUGGUUCGCUCGAAACCACGUGUACCUGUAAAAUGUUGGUCAAUGUUUUAUCAACUUCGAAACCUUUAACUGGACUCAUUUGUGAAGCUCCAUGUC